CUAGGCGGUCGAGGGCGUACACGAUACAUACGACAGAGGCCAAAGCAUAGAUCGUAUGUCGGACCGAGUUGGUGACAGGUUGGACUAGCACGACAGCGCCUAUCUAUGACAUAUAGCCACUUACCAGAGUAGCAUGUGCUUGGUUCCCCCGGCCUACGAGAUUAAUCAACAAGAGCACGCCCGACAAGACCUGAGCCAUGGACCUGAACAUUCAGCGCUUUCUCAAUGACAAGCUAUAUGACAAGCGCAAGAUCGGGGCACUCGACCUGGAGCGUACCAUUCGUGAGCUGAUUGCCGCCAAGGACUACGCCAAAAUCGAAGCCAUCCUCGACCAGCUUUGCAAUGACUACGCAUAUGCUGUUCAUCAGCCUCAUGCACGCAACGGUGGCUUGAUAGGCCUGGCUGCCGCCGCAAUAGCACUCGGCCCAGAGCUUCCCAAGUACCUCGAGGUCAUUGUUCCUCCCGUUCUAGCUUGCUUCACGGACCAGGAUGCUCGGGUAAGAUAUUAUGCCUGUGAGGCUAUGUACAACAUAGCCAAGGUGGCCAAGGGUGAAAUUCUGGUCUACUUCAAUUAUAUUUUCGAUGCCCUCUGCAAAUUGGGCGCCGACUCUGAACUCUCUGUCAAAAAUGGUGCCGAGCUUUUAGAUCGCCUAGUCAAAGAUAUCGUUUCCGAAUCGGCCGCGACCUAUGUUUCGGUGCUGGAGCAGCCUCAGGAGUUCGACGGAGACGAUAAGAACGCCAAUGACGAACAGUUGGACUUGCCCACUGCAUUUUCCUUGAAACGAUUCAUCCCCCUGCUGCGGGAGCGCAUCUUCGCCCUGAACCCCUUUAGCAGAACCUUCUUGGUUGGCUGGAUUACUCUGCUCGACUCGAUCCCUGACCUUGAGCUCGUCACCUACCUGCCAGAAUUCCUCGGUGGACUUUUGCGUUUUCUCAGUGACUCCAACCGAGACGUUCAUGUUGCUACCCAGGCUUGCCUGGACAAGUUCCUGGCUGAAAUCAAACGCAUCGCUCAAGUCAAGAAGGGGAUAACCGAGAGCAAGAGGUCUAGAGAUGCAGCAAGGCAAAGCAGAAAGGACUCCAUCGGUAGCGGCGGUGGCCGCUCCCUUGAGGAUGGGGACGAGGUCGACUCCAUAACGGCAAACGAGGAGGACGACGAUGUGAGCAGCGAAGAUGACUGGGUCCCCGGACAGGACGUGCAAAUCAACUACAAGGCCAUCCUGGAGAUACUAACCGCCACUCUCGAUUCGCCCCUAGAAUCGCUACGCUGGAUCGUCGAAUUCCUCGAUAUCUGCCCGGAAGAAGUAUUGCCAUUUACGCCCAAGAUACUGGCGCACUUACUGCCGGCUAUGGCUAGCGGUGUUGAGUCUAUUCGCCAAGCCGCCGCCAGAGUCAAUAACUCGCUGAUGGACUAUGUGGUUUCUCUUUCUGACGAAGCAGAUCUCGUAUCCGCCCCGCCGGCUCCUAGUGAGCAGCUGAACGGAAACGCGAGCAAUCGGGCGUCUUUGUCUAGUUCACGAGACCUCGACCUCCGCAGUCCGACACCAGCUCAGGGAAGGCAAAACGAACGCGCCCCUACUCCGGCAGUCGCAUCUCAGGCAACACCUCAGGCAAUACCUCAAGCUGACCUCGACUAUGUUGCUGCCGUAAACUCGCUGACACUGUUGUUCCUGAACGAUCACGAGGCUACCCGUGUUGCUGCCUUGACAUGGUUGAUCAUGCUGCACCGAAAAGCACCCAGAAAAGUGUUGGCUUUCAACGACGGGACUUUCCCAGCCUUGCUCAAGACCCUGUCCGAUCCUGCGGAAGCAGUCGUUACCAAGGACUUGCAGCUUCUCUCGCAAAUUUCGAGAAACAGUGAAGACGAUUAUUUCUCCAACUUCAUGGUUAACCUACUGCAGUUAUUCUCGACCGACAGGAAGCUUCUAGAGACGAGAGGCAACCUAAUAAUCCGUCAACUUUGCACAAGCCUCAGCGCCGAGCGGAUCUACAGAACAUUGGCUGAUUGCAUUGAAAAGGAGGAGGACGUCGAGUUCGCGAGCAUAAUGGUGCAAAACCUUAACAACAACCUCAUCACUGCGCCUGAAUUAGCGGAGUUGCGAAAGCGGCUCAGGAACCUUGAAACUAAGGAUGGCCAAACAUUCUUUGUAGCGCUUUUUCGAUCAUGGUGUUACAAUGCAGUGGCAACUUUCUCGCUCUGCCUGCUGGCACAGGCCUACGAACAGGCUUAUAAUCUCUUACAGAUAUUUGCCGAGCUCGAGAUGACGGUCAAUAUGCUCAUCCAGAUCGACAAGCUGGUUCAACUACUGGAGUCGCCGGUUUUCACUUAUCUUCGUUUGCAACUACUCGAGCCGGAAAAGUACCCACACUUGUAUAAGUGUCUCUACGGGCUUCUGAUGCUUUUACCGCAAUCCUCGGCCUUUGCGGCCCUAAAAAAUCGCCUCAACAGCGUCAGCUCUAUCGGCUAUCUUCACAUUGCGCCUAGACCCACUGCUACUACGCCAAGUGCGUCCACCUUUGAUCGCCCCAAUCGACUUAAGGGUCGAGACGACAGCAUCAUCCGCUGGAAUGAAUUGCUAGAGAAGUUCCGAUCAGUCCAGGAACGUGCCAGGCGCCUUCAACGAGGAGAUGAAGACGACGCGUCAUCAGCGUUGAGUGAUCUUAAGAUAGGAGGAGGCGAGACUGCAAUGGAUGCCAAGGGCACUGGGAGGGAAGGGACAGGAGGGCGAGCGCCUCCUGUUCCGGCCAAGGAUCUGCCCGCGGCGGCGCCUCCAGCAAAAACCCGAACGCUUGGAAGGCCUUUUGGGAGACUCGGAGGGGCAGUGGCAGGUCGAGGCAAGCGAGCCCAGCAGUGAAUGCCUUUGAAUUUGAUGUUCUGAUCUGUUUGGUU